UUCCUUGCAUCCGACCACUUGCAGACCGCCGAUCAAAGUACUUACCCGCUGCCCAUCCCUCUUCAUAUCACCAUGUCGCCUGCUGUUACACUCUGCAUUUCACCCGGUUCCUCUCAGUCGGGAUAGCGGGCACUCAUUCAUGUGCAAUUGCGGCCCUAGAUCGACAUUGCACCCUGGACGAAGCAGCAGCAGCAGCUCGAAAGAUAGACCGCCCCUCUGAUUGUCACAUUAUUCCUCUCUCAUUAUAUAUUUCCAGUCCCCCCUUGACUGAGGGCGCGGAUUACGAUGCUCGUCGGAGCGCUUCCUCCGGCACUCAUCUCACUGCUUCUUGUUGCAUCGCGUGUUUCUGCUGCGCCUUACGACUUUCUCGAUAAUUAUCGCGACCCCACGCCGGCGGCUGACGAGGGGCCUCCUGCUUCAUAUCACGCUGUCCGAGACAAGAACGUUCUGCCGUACGAGAUUUGCGGUGUUGUUGGCGGCUACGUCUUUACAGUACUUAUCUGGGGGGUUCUUCUCCUCACCGUUGGUAGAAAGAUGAGACGAAAGGCUCUCGACCCGCCCAAGCAAUUGGAGCUGGAACUCCAGGACAAACCGACUGUACCGGCUAUCCGAACAGCUGGACUCACAUCGCCACCGCUAUCCGCGCGGUCGUUUUUCGGGAAGUUCAAGAGAAACAGGAACGACUCUGCUGUUAGCAACCCACAGAGUCCUGUUGUUCAGUCACCAAGUUCGUUCGACCAAAAGGUUGUUGAUGCCCACCGGGAUCAAGCACAAGCAGAUAUGGAGCGUCUCUACGCCGCCGUCAUGGAUUUCGACGAACGAAAGCACUCGUCCAAAGUCAGUGUAGAAGAAACAGAGCCCAUCCCACGACCCACCGAGCGCCGACGACCCUCAAACAUCAGCAUCGCGCGCCCGGAAUCACACACCGAAACCCCAAUCUCGCCCGUAAAAGCCAUCUACCCACCAAACUACAGCGUCCAACAACCCAGCGCAUCCACUCACAACGCUCACCUCCGCGCAGACGCCCACCCACCCCCAAGCCCCCGCAGUAUCCUAUCGAAGCGCUCCCAAAACUCCAACACAAACUCCACCGGAAGCAAAAAUGCGCGCUUCAACUUGAAGAACCUGCGUAUCUCAGGCCCGAUAGCGAAAUACCCAGGCGCAGACUCCGACGACGAAGCACGCACGCCCCUCUCUCCGCGCUUCUACGCAAACCCCGGUGUCCCCCCUUCGCCACCUACACAGACGAACUCGCCAACAUCGCCGGAGCAAUAUAUAGAAGAAGCACUAGACAGCGUACAGCCCCUCCCGCGACCCGCACCCCAACGCCUCGGCCCACCGCCGACAUCCCAACCCUCCCCCCGCCAACAACCCCCCAAACCCAUCUCCCAAACAGCCUCUCUCCCCCUCCGCAGUUUCGCCUCUCCCCUCGCAAGCCCAGGCAUCCAAACCACCGUUCUAGACCGCCGCGUCGAGGCCCUCGCACUUGGUACACCUAAAACAGGUGUCCCGUUCACGCCAUACAGUCCGUACAUGCCAUUCACACCCAUCACGCCUGUGACGCCGCAUUUGACGACGAGGAAGGAGCGCAAGAUGGAGAAGAAGGAGGGGAGGAAGUAUGGGAGUAGGAGGCCUCGGGUUGAGGAGGAGCUGGUGCAGAGUCCGAAGGAGAUUUUUGGGGAUGGGUGGUAGAUGUUGUUAUUACGAUGGAUGAAGGGAGAGGACGGGGGAUGGAUGGAUAGAUGAGUUGCAUUUGCAUUAGCGAUUUCCGUUUUUUUUAAACUGUUACUGAUACACGCCGCCGGUUGGCUGGUUGAUGAUAUGUGCGAGGCAUGCAUAUUUCUUUUCUGCGUUUAUAUUUUAUGAGUGUAGUUUAUCUAUCAGGAGGAGGGCUAGCAUCGAGAACGUAUAUAUCAAGACACGUACUUCUAUCUGAUUUCUUAGUGAAUAAGGUCG